UAACGGUACAUUAACCCCUCGUGGGCCUCAAGAUGCUAUGCUGAGAGCAAACAAAAUAUCAGAAUACACAUUUUCAUCCAUGAGGAUGAAAAUCAAGGAAUGGAGUGAAGUGAAAAGAUGCUUACAGUUGAUAUAAAAAGUCUACACACCCCUGUUCAAAUGCCAGGUUUUUCUGAUGUCAAAAAAUCACUUGAAUUUCAUUGAUCUUUUCUUAAACCUCUUCUUCUGAUCAUAUUGAAUAUACUGUAUUUGAUUUCAUUAGAGCAGUAAUUAUAACAGUUAAUUAUUAAGUAUAAAAGACAACAACAUUAAAAGGAGUUACACCAAAAAAAAAAAUCUAUAUUUCUACCUUCAGUACAGCAUCGAUUACAUUACACAGAAGCACUAAUUGAGUUACAAGAAGACAUUCACCUGUUUUUCUCGACGCUUGCCUCCACGCGUGUCCUGCCCGAGGCUCUGUUCUGCUCUCUACACACUCGGGACCAUUUCCUCAUCAUCACAUCUUUGCCCUGGUGAUAUCUUCUCAAAAAAAUAACAAAUGGAUAGCCUAUGCACGUAAAUAAUAAGAAACAAUGUGUAUUCUUUUUUCCUUCUAGAACAACAGUAAUGAUGUAUUUAAUUUGAACAUGGGUGUGUAGACUUUUGUUAUAUGCACUGUAAACUAGUCUUGUGUAUCUUAUGUGACAUUGCUACUUCUCCCUUUUCGAACUGGAUGAAACCAGAGAAGACUUGAACGGUACCAAAUUUACAGGUUCAAGGACACACCGUUAAAAGCCCCCAACGUUCAUGUGGCCUGCAGCCAGUUUCAUGUUGACAGUGUUACCUAUCGGGCUCAUUUCAGGGCUUAAACCGCAGAUCCCCUGCUCAUUAGUGGGCGACCACAGGCCGGUGGCCAUGGCGACGGUGAACGCGAUACUGAAGGUGGUCAGCUUGUUUGUGGCCGAGCUCAUAAGCUCCGUCACGGACUGGUUCCAGACCUCGCCGACAUGGGCUGACUUGCAGGUGCUGGAGGACACAGAGCUGAGGACCACUGGAGGUGUGCAUGAGAGACACCGGGCCAGAAAUCUGUGGGAGAAGAGCGGCGCGGUGGUCAUGGUGGUCCGCCGGCCAGGAUGAUUGCUGUGCAGAGAGGAGGCUGCAGAGCUGUCCUCUCUCAAGUCCCAGCUGCAGGACCUGGAGGUGCCUCUCUUUGCUGUGGUCAAAGAGAAUCUUGGCAAGGAGCUGGACUGUUUCAAGAAGUACUUCACCGGGAAAGUUUACGUGGAUCAGAUGAGAAAUUUCUAUGGGCCUCAAGAGCGCUGGAUGUUUCUUUCCAUGUUCCUGCGUAUUGGAGUGUGGAGGAACCUGUGGAGGGCCUACCGCAGGGGCUUCAGAGGAAACCUAAGAGGAGAAGGACUGGUCCUGGGGGGAGUCUUUGUCAUUGGGCCUGGAGAUCAGGGAAUUCUGCUGGAGCAUCGUGAGAAGGAGUUUGGGGAUAAAGUCAACAUGCUCGCUGUCCUCAGAACCACCCGCAAAAUGCGAGAUGACAUGAAACGCUAGACCUGACCCUAUCGGGGUUUACGCGCAAGGUGGAUCACCAUGUCUGAUGAUGUCAUUAUGAGAUGUGUCAAAACGGCAACUUUGACAGUUUGCUGCCUCGUUGUUUCUGGUUUGCUGUUGUGGCCUUUAAUGAUGAUCUGACUCCAAACUCUUCUGAGGGAACAGCUCUGAUGUUUGUAAACAACCACACAGCCCGCCUGAAACUAUGAGGAAGAUCAAACCAUUGAAGUCUUAGCUCUUAAACACUUGAUUAAAAAAUAAAUGGGUCAGUGACUAAUA